GGUGCAGAACGAAGAGUUGGCUUAUCCGAAGUGUAUACAGGUGUAAUAAGAAUACUGACCAUUGUGUCGCCCUUUUGUCCUUGUUUCCACCAACAAAUGGAUUGAUCACAGUCUGGCAGACUGUGGAGCGAUAAGCUGUUUUUCCGCAUUUGUGUCCAUUGUGCUUUGGAACCUUAAAAAUUUUGAUGCUAUUUGGACGACGGCUGGCGAUUUCCAACUCGACUGCCGAAAAGUGAAGUACAUGUAGCCCAACUUUUUGUGCAAGAGGUGACCUCAUCUUAGGCUCCUCGAUGGUUUAUGAAAGGAUGAACUGAAGUGAAAAAAAGUAGGGAGGAAGUUGAUGUUUGACUGCUGCAAACUGAAUUCUUAACUUUGAGAUGGAAACCGAUAAAGAUGAUGAGGAAAGGAACAGCUUAGAUGUGGACAAAGUAGAAUUCCAAGAAGGGCAGAAGGGAAAUCAGUCGGAGAACAAAGCAAAUGAUGAGGCUAAAGCCAAAAGGGGGGACUUACGGUCGGAGGUAUCAGAGAAAGGCCAAACCAUGGAUCACCAAAAUGGAGGGGAUGUCACAGGUAGUGAUGAUCCACAGAUGACGGAACAAGUAGAUGAGAGAGAGAAAAUAACAAACAAGGGAGAGGAUGAUGAGGUUUCAGGUGAAGAAUUAUCUGGAGGAGCAGACCAGGAGCAGAAGAUGCAAACCUCCCAGCAGGAUUGCAGUGAAACAAGUCGGUGCGAUAAGUCGGUUAGAAAUCGGAGUAGGUCAAAAAUUAAAAGACCCAAUGAUAGAAAUGACAAAUUGACCACCGGAGCUGACAAGGGAUCAUCAAAGCAAACCCAAGCAAUCAUCGUGGACGUCAGCAUCCCCCGGGUCACGCACACACCCCAGACGCGGGAGGGUCGCGCUGGUGGAUCCGCAUGGUCGGAGGGAACUGGUAAUAACGGAAGCCGACAGGGAGGCGGGGUCUGUAAGAGCGUGGACUUCUCGGUGCCGGUGGGGAUGGACGAGGUGGACGCUGAGCUGGCCCGGGUGGUCGGGGUCAUGGCAGAAGAGCAGAGUUUGUUUGAUCCCCAUGAGUACGGGCGAGGGGCAACCACCAACACACCAGUCACUGUAAUGACUGAUUAUGCAGAGAGUCAAAUUCAAGGACAAGGGAUCACCACUCCCUCUAGGGAGAACAUCUACCAGCAUGCCCUCUCCAUCAUGAAGAAACGCUGCCAGAGCAGUCGCACCGUGAUGUCAAAUGCUCACUCCUCCUAUUACCGGCCCAGGACGCCCGAGAAAGUCAUCGAGGAAAAUGGGGCAACCUUUCCCAACUUCAGUCUGCCGACAGUGGUGGCCAACAUGGACAAGCCGCCAAUGGUGCAGACCUCAAACUGUGUUUUCUAUGUGACACAGAGCAGACAGCAUCCAAUUGCCCCGGUCAAGACUUGGAAGGGUUAUGAAGGGAAUCUGUACUUCCAGCCAAUGGUAUGUAAGAAGGCCGAUCUCACUCCAUCAACUACACCUAGAGAAAAUGCUCUCAACAAAGCCACACGCAGAGCCUAUUCCACUCCCAUACUACAAGGCAAAACAGGGGACAACCAAAUGACACAUCUCCCACAGUUACCCAAGGCAGAAGGCUCUGCUGGUGAUGAUGCAACUCGAUCAGCGCCCUCUGUUGUUGGCUCACGUUCGGUCUACAGCCAGAGUGCGACAGCCCCGAAGCUGUCUUCUCGCAACAACGGUACGGCCAAGUCGCAGACCAGCACCGCUCGCCAGAUGGCCCUCCUGGACAAGCAGGCUGUCCUGGGCCGGAUGGACUCCAACAUCCGCGAGGACAUCCGCUGGAUCAGCGGCAGCGAGGCCAUGGGCACGCUGCACCUGGGCGAGCUGCGGCUGAUGCCGCGCUCCACGGCCCACUUCUACGACAAUGCGGGCAAGCACCAUCGGCUCCGCAUCCAGCGGGGGCUGGUCAGUCACCGCCUGGCUGCCCACAACCAGUCACUGCCCACCCUGCUGGGGGUCCAUGGUGGCCGGCUCAAUGAUGGCGCGGAUGGUGUGGCCAAGACGGAGCACCUACAGUCUCAGUACCAUGCCAGCAACGUGUCUCAGUCAUCAGAUGACUACGACAGACACCUCUGCUCGCCCAACCUCUACGGCGGUUACUCUGGACCCUUCAGUUCCAUCGAACAACUGCGGAGGGACAGCGCAUCCAGCCAUAGAAGAGCCGACAGCAGCUUGAGCCCUGACAUGAUACUCAAAGACGACUCCCUUCAUUCAUUGGCGUCAGUCUACAAGAACCCCAGGAAUGUACCGUUGUACAGCAGUAAAGAGGUCCUGUUCAGAAAUCGGGAGGCCCUUUUCUUGACAAGACCAACAUACAGGUGACAUUGACACAAUGCAGAAGUGAAGCAUUGUCACCAUCAUAAAAUACUGCUCUCACAGCAAGCCUUUAACAUCGUAGUGUCCCUUUAAAAAAAACCAACCAAUUUCAUUUGAAAUCAGUGAUUGCAGUGCAUAUUUCUAGUCUACAGGGUAUGCUUGUGAAUAUGUUUAUUACAAAUUUUAUUACAAGUGCCUGCUGUGCAGAAAAGUCAUGGUGUUUCAUUUAAAGACUGACGCUAUUUUUUGACAUGAAUUAGGCUUUCACUUUUUCAUACUUGGCAGAAGUUGUUUCGAAGACCAUAACGUGGAUACAGUGCUCAUAUUGUGCAUUUCACAUCCGUCUAAAUGGCUGCUGCGGUGUUCAAAUCAAACAACACUAACUUACAAUACACUGCAGAUUAUUUGUACUGAGGUAACUCCAAGCAGCUGUUGCCAAGAGAAGCCAUUCUUAGUUUCCUCAGCUGAGGCUGACGUUGGGGCUGAAACAUGUAUAUGACAAGAAGUUACCUCCACAGUGGUUUGCCACACACCCCCAGAUGCCUAGCUCAUGAAUCUUGCAUUACACACCACUGCAAGGAGUCCACAGUUCUAAGUUCUAUCAGCAGUGGGGUGAAGCAGAACUAAUUCUUCCACAUACAAAUACUAAGGUUUGACUGACUCUGAGUUGACAUGACUUCACUGACUUUCUAUACGUGCACGCUGUCCGUGCAGGCACGUGCAUGUUCCAGAGUUGCGGAAACCGCACGUGAAUUGUAUCAAGUUCACACAGCUCAGACCAAAUUGUUAUUGAAUGCCAACUUGCCAAAUGGUAUUCAGUAGAGACCACUGCAAUGCUGAUUACAGGCAUAGUGAUUGUAGCAACUCAUAAUUCAUGAUGUGCCAAAAUGUAUUUAUUGUGAAAUUGCAAGAACAUUUCACCAGAAUAAAUGUGUAUGUACAACUUAUCAA